CAUAUCAAAACUAUUUCUCAAGGGAAAAGUCAGGGAUGAAUCUGAGGAGGGUCAUGUGACAAUCAUCCUCCUCUAUGCUUAUUUUGAUCCCACUUAUCAAACCAAUACUUCACUAUCCCAAAGCUGAAACACAAGAGUAAAAAAAGAGAAGAAGAAGAAGAAGAAGAAGAAGAAGAAGAAGAAGAAUACUUGUUUGUCAGAGAGGGACAUACAGAAGAUCUUAGGAGAGAAAAGUGGAGAGGAGGAGAGGAAAAAGAAAAGGUAAAGAGUCAGAAAAUAUGGUGUUAAAUGAGAAAAGAAAAGAGAAAACAUAAAAGGGAAGUAAACGAUUGAUAGAGAGGAAGAAAACAGAGGCAAGAGGAGGAGAGAAAAUAACGUGGGGGACAACAAAGUCAAAAGGUGGAAAGGAGGGGAGGAGUUAAAAGAGGAGAUAAAGGACAAAAGAACAGGGAGAAGGACAGGAACAGACAAAAGACAUAACAAGAUGUAAAAAAGAAAGAAAGAGGGAAAACAGAAGAGACGAGGGAUUACUGAUAAGUUAAAUAGAAAAGGAAAGAGAGAAAAAGAGAAAGUAGAGAGAAGGAGUCCAGACGAGCUGGGAAACAGCAGUGAUGAACGCAGCUCGGAUUCAUGACAAACAGAAGCUGAAGUCUUUCUGGGAGCAGAGGAUCAUUCAGCACAGCGAACAGAUGGACGAGGAGGAGGACCGCAGAAGGAGCAGCGCUCUGGCACGGCUGAGGGAGCAGUGGUUAGUCAGGUUGGAUCAGAGGAAUCAGCACCAGAAGAGUUUCUUUGAGGAGAGAAUCAGACGAGCUCAGAAAGCUCAGCAGAGCCUCAGGAAGCUUGAUUCUCCUUGAAUCCAGAAGGUUAAAACUCUACCACUAAUCAGCUUGCAGGUGAAGAGCAGCCAACUGGUGGCAGUUUUGCAGAGCUGUGCAAUUGCAAUAUCUAAGUUUGGAGUAUUACAUUUUUACAUAAAAAAGAUAUUUUGAAACUGAAGGAGAGAAACAAAAAUGAUGACUUUAUUCACAAUUAAAUAAAUCCACAAAAAAAUCAAACAAAUAAUUAAGGCCUUCUAUGGUGACAUUUGUUCCUGCCUGGUGCCAUUGUUUUGUCAUUAUUGCACUGUGUAAUGGGGUUUUUCCAUGGGCCCAGGUCGAACAGCUUUAGCUGCGCUGUAUCAAGCCAUGCCGUAAAAACAAGUUUCCACUUCUUCCUCACAGCAGGGCAUAGCUGCACUAAGAUGCACUGCUGUGGUCAAAGUAGGGUUGCAACCAUACUGUCGUUGUGCCAGUGUGUCUCACCUGCUCAUGACUCUUCGGGCAUGCCUUGGCUUGACUACCCCCAUAAUAGAAAAAAACUAUAUGUUGUUGUACCAUGUAAUCAAUGGUCUUAA